GACGCACAUGGCAUCGGGACCGCAGUCGAGAGUAACGUUUCGUACGUACGAGGCGGUUUUCGUUCAGCAGUACCGUGCGCGACAUUCGGAAUGCGCGUUGGUCGUCUGCGCGACCCGUUGACUCGCGAAACGUAGGGCAGAAGCUACACAUCUUUCACCAGCAGUGGGAUAGGCAAACAAACAAAAUCGCGUGAAAAUUUCGUCCAAUUUUCAAUUCCGGGCUGGGAAAACUUAGCCGUGUGAAAGCGUACAAAGUGCAACACGAAGCUGGGCGAGCUAGUUCUUAAACCAUACGCCCCUCAGACCGUGUCGCGUGUGAAGCGCAGUGAUAGUUUGUGUGUAACCCAUUGCACGAAUUUUCUUUUACCUGGCGGUGGAAAAUUUGUUCCAGGAUCGUCUGCAAAAGUCCAGCACACAAUGUGGGCACGUACGCUGCGAAUCAUACAGUCGUGGCGGUGACGGCGGAACUUUGUCCAUUAAAACUCGUCUACCUUCGCCAAUCCCAGUCUCUGUCUGUGCCGGAUUUUCUUUGUGUGUUUAUCUGUGUAUGUAUGUGUGCGUUAAUAUUGAGGAAAAUUCCCUCAGGAUAAGGCAAAGAGUACCUCGAAACGUUCUGUGGGAAAAAAAACGCAGGUUUGAAAAGAUUCCACAACGUUCUGGCGAGGGGCCGCACCGUUUGGCUUUCUUUUUGUCCCACAUCCGUUUAGUGCAUCAAACGUGUUCUUCCACAAUUUGCUUUCGUCGCGGCUUUGAUGUCUUCCAUUUUGGAAGACAAUUUCCUCUCACCAUCUUCUCGGUGAAAGAAAAUACAUUUCAAUUUUAUGCGUCCAUCGGGCAAGGCUCAGCAAUUCAUGGUUCUACCGUUUCUUUUUGUGCCCGCCCGCGUGACGGUGUUUUAGUGAAAGUGGUUUUUAAUGCGUGAUAAAAGUGCAAAAAGUCAAUUUACAUCGUAAGUGAGUUUUUCAAAGUCCAAGCCGGAAAGCAGCAUUUUGCCCAACAACUUCAAGUGGGGCUUCCAAGUGGAGUAGGCUUUUAUGCACCCGUUACAACCAAUGCCCAACGGCGGGGCGCGUUAACGUCCGAAGGUCAGCAACAGCAGGAAGACAAAGUUGCUCCCAGUAAUGAUAGUGAUAAGCUAAUUGUGCUAGUGUUCGAGUGCGCUUGAAGAAAGAAAACUAAACACACACUCGUUCACACUCCCACACACACGCAGUCUCAGCUGAGAAGCCAAAAUCAGCGCAAGUGUCCUUGCAAGGCAUCCUUCAAUUAUAAUCAAGUCAAAUGGAUACAAAUCGCUAGCAUCUAACAGCUCGCUAGCUCGUGCUACGAAUUACUGACCUCAUGCCCCACCGUCUUCCGCUCCCGGGCCUUCUGGGCGCAGUUCAUCGAUUUUUGUAUGCUGCUGCUCGGCUGCACGGCGGCUCCCAACUGGUACAAAUCCCAUCGACAGUGUAUAUGUGUGUGUGUCCGUGUGUGGAUAAAUGUUUGUUCACUGUGGUCCAAGCAGUGCCCGCUACGCCUCGCCGGUUCCGUUAAGGCAUCUGUUAGCGGCUGGUAAAAGCUGGACCGAGCUUUAUAAACUUGCAUAAAAAUUCCACUUCAGAUUGAACCUACCGAAAAGGUAGCGGUUGGAAGUGUACCGGUCAAGCACCGUUACGAUUGAACGAUUUGAUUGCCGGGCUCCAAUUGCUGGAGCGAGUGGAGUUUUGCAGAUUUUAAACCACCGCAAAGUAAUACAAGUUUAACAAAACAUGAAGGACACCGCCAACCGGCGCUAUCGUUCGCAACGACCCUGGAUGAUGGAUCACGGCGUAGUGGACGAGGAAGCUCCGAUAGAUCCGAGGCUCAAAAAUCGGACAUUUACCGCCGAUCAGGACUUUGAAGGUCACCGAGCGCACACCGUUUUCGUUGGCGUCCACAUUCCGGGCUCAUCCCGGCGGCAUUCCCAGCGGCGUCGGCAUAAGCACCACCAGACGAGCCGGGAAAAUGGCGACAAGGGUAGCACGGGAUCGGAAGCGGAACGGCCUGUUACACCACCCGCACAAAGAGUACAGUUCAUCCUGGGCGGUGAGGUCGGCGGCGAAGGCGAUGGCACGCAGCACGAGUCCCACCCGCUCUUCUCCGAGAUGGAGGAGCUGGUCAAGGAGGGUGACGAGAUGGCCUGGAAGGAAACGGCACGCUGGGUAAAGUUCGAGGAGGACGUCGAGGAGGGCGGCAACCGGUGGUCCAAGCCGCACGUGGCCACGCUCUCGCUUCACUCGCUGUUCGAGCUGCGCAGCCUGCUGCUCAACGGCACCGUCAUGCUGGACAUGGAAGCGGUCAGCCUGGAGCAGAUCGCCGAGCUGGUGUGCGAAAACAUGGUCAACUCGGGCACGCUGCCGGUGGAGGCCCGGGACAAGGUGAUCGAUGCGCUGCUGAAGCGCCACAAGCAUCAGCACGAGUUCGGCAGCAAGAAGAGCCGGCUGCCGCUGAUCCGCUCCCUGGCCGACAUUGGAAAGAAUCAUUCGUCUUCAAAGAAUAUGCCACGCUCAUCCACCAGCAAAAGCAUCUCGUCGGCCAACUCAUUCCCAAUGCACGUCGUUUCGUCGGCACCGUCGGGCAUGCACGAGGAAGGCGAAUCCGCCCUGGGUCCGGUCUCGCCCCAAACCGCCCUGCUGUACGGUAGCAAAGAUCAGCGCGGUCACUAUCUAGCACUGCCCACAGUUGAAGACCAAGCGAAUACUAACAGUCCACCGAACAGUAGUAGCGCUACUAGCAAUGGCAGUAACCCGAAUGCAUCAGGCAAACCGCCGACCAACGGCAACAGUGGCAGCGGCAAACACUUAACCGUCCCUGGGCGGGCCGCCGGAGAAAAUAUGACGCAAAGUCCGAGCAACGUUUCGAUGCCGCGCAACGCCAGCUCGGGCGAGCUGCAGAACGGCGAGCAUAAAACGAACACACACUUCAUGCGCAAAAUUCCGCCCGGCGCCGAGGCGAGCAACAUUCUCGUGGGCGAGGUUGACUUUCUCGACAAGACGCUGUCGGCGUUCCUGCGGCUCAACACCGCCUCGGUGAUGGGCGACCUGACCGAGGUGCCAGUACCGACCAGAUUUAUCUUCAUCCUGCUCGGACCGCCCGGCAGCCAUGGCAGCUUUCACGAAAUUGGCCGCGCCAUGGCGACCCUCAUGUCGGACGAGAUAUUCCACGAAGUUGCCUACCGCGCGAAGAGGCGCGAGCAUUUGCUCGCCGGCAUUGACGAGUUUCUCGACGCGGUCACGGUGCUGCCGCCGGGCGAGUGGGAUCCUUCGAUUCGAAUAGAGCCGCCGGCCGCCAUACCCUCGCAGGAGGUACGCAAACGGCCGCCCGAGAAAAACCCCAAGGAAGAGAUCGACGAAGAGCUGGAGGAGCAGCGGCAGCGCGAGGAGGCGGGCCUGUCCCGCACGGGCCGCCUUUUCGGUGGGCUGAUCAACGAUCUGAAGCGGAAGGCGCCGUUCUAUCUGUCCGACUUCAAGGACGGCCUGUCGAUGCAGUGCGUCGCGUCGUGGAUCUUCCUGUACUUUGCCUGCCUGUCGCCGAUCAUCACGUUCGGCGGGUUGCUGGGGACGGCCACCGGCAACAAUAUUGCCGCGAUGGAAUCGCUCGUGUCGGGCUUCGUGUGCGGCAUCGGGUACGGGUUCUUCUCCGGCCAGCCGCUCACGAUACUCGGCUCGACCGGUCCGGUGCUGGUGUUCGAGACGAUCGUGUACGAGUUUUGUCAGAAGGUGGGCUGGGACUAUCUGACGUUCCGGUUCUGGAUCGGUACCUGGAUCUCGAUCAUUCUCGUCGUGCUGGUGGCGGUCGACGCAAGCGCGCUGGUUUGCUACAUCACGCGCUUCACGGAGGAAAACUUUGCCUGCUUGAUCGCGGUCAUCUUCAUCUACAAGGCGAUCGAGAACGUGUUUCACAUCGGGCAGGAGUAUCCGCUGAACACGGCGGGCGGGAAGUAUGAUUGUGCGUGCCUGCCGCCAGCAACGCAUGAGCUAACGCCGGAAGCCGUCCAUCAGUGGGCACAGUACGAUCUGCGAACGUGUAAGACCCUCAACGGAACGCUAACCGGUGCCGACUGUGACAAGCCCGAGUACGUGUCGGACGUCUUCCUUAUGUCGAUCGUGCUGUUCCUCGGCACGUACAUCAUCUCGGUCAUCCUGAAGGACUUCAAGAAUGCGCUGUUCUUCCCGGCAGUUGUGCGCCAGUUCAUUAGCGACUUUUCCGUCACGAUAGCGAUCUUCUCGAUGACGCUGCUGGACGUCUUUACGCGCAUCGCCACACCGAAGCUGGACGUGCCGAGCGAGUUCAAGCGCACGAUCCCGGACCGCGGCUGGAUCAUCAUGCCAUUCCACGAGAGCAAUCCGGCCUGGUCGUCGGCCCUCGCGAUCCUGCCCGCCCUGCUCGGCACGAUACUGAUAUUCAUGGAUCAACAAAUAACGGCUGUGAUAAUCAAUAGGAAGGAGCACAAACUCACCAAAGGUUGUGGCUACCAUCUCGAUCUGUUCGUGCUGGCUUGUCUGAUACAGAUCUGCACCAUGAUGGGUCUGCCCUGGUUUGUUGCUGCCACCGUGCUCAGUAUUAAUCAUGUCAAUUCCCUCAAGAAAGAGUCCGAGACGGCGGCACCGGGCGAGAAGCCGCAGUUUAUCGGCGUACGGGAGCAGCGCGUCACCCACAUACUGAUCUUCCUCAUGAUCGGAUGCUCGGUGCUGCUGACCCCGUUGCUGUCCCACAUUCCCAUGCCGGUGCUGUACGGUGUGUUUCUGUACAUGGGCGUGUCGGCCCUCAAGGGGCUACAGUUCUUCGAUCGGCUGCUGAUCAUGCUGAUGCCUGCCAAGUACCAGCCGGACUACAUGUUCUUGCGACAGGUCCCCAUUCGGCGGGUGCAUCUGUUCACCAUGAUACAGCUGGCAUGCUUUGCCGUGCUGUGGCUGAUCAAAUCGUUCUCGAUCACCUCGAUCCUCUUCCCGCUGAUGCUGGUGGUGAUGAUUGGCGUGCGCAAGUCGCUCGAUUACAUCUUUACCAAGCGCGAGCUCAAGAUCCUGGACGACAUCAUGCCCGAGAUGACGAAGCGGGCCCGGGCGGACGAUCUGCACCAGCUCGAGGACGGCGAGGACUCUGGACAGCAUUCGGCGGACAAUCUGCAGCUACCGCUGGAAAAUGGCACCGUGAACGAGAAAGGCAAGAUCAACAUAUCGGAAGAGGUCAACCGGACGACCAUCUGGAAGCAGGUCAACAACUGCAAUGUGCUCUUCACCAAGAAACAAACCCCCGUGAAACAUUCGCAACAGCAAUUAUCUAAAUUGAGUGAAACUGAAAAAAGACUGUCCACCAUGCGGGAGGAAGAUGAGGUGGCGGAUGAACCGAGUCGUCAAUUAAGUCACCAGAAGAGGACACAGAAAAUGAAGCGCGAGUUUUGGAUGAACUCCCGGUCGGGUAGCAGCAAUGGUCGUGCCAAUAGCAAUAAUAGCGCCAGCAGUACCACCGCCGCCGCCGGAGGGAAGAUCGUUUGCGCCGAGGAGUCUGCUGCGCUAAGCCGCGGAAGUAGCAAGAGUGCUUCCGAGACGCAGGUAUAAAAUGGGAUGUUUUAAAUGCCACGUUGUAGGAUAUUGUUGGGGUUUUUUUUUGUAGUAUCAAAUGGAGAGAGAGAGAGCGAGAGAAAGUAAGAGAAAGAGAGAAAAAGCACCAUGGAUCCUUUUACAGAUCGAUUAGGCAAAUUUGUACGAGAUUACAGGAAAGGAAGUUGAGAAGUGUGCUUUAGGCGGCAUGCAGGUGAGAUCUUCGGUACAUACCGCAGGAGUUCCAGAGUUUCGGGCGAAUAAUAGCCCACUAGACAAUUUAUCUACCCUCCUAAACAUGUAUUCUUUGCAGGAUACACUUUUUAAAUACACAAAUUUACAACCCAAAAGACUAUAGCAAAAGGACGAAAAAAAAGAAAGCAAAAAAGAUAGGUUGAGGCAGAGAGAAAAAGUGGGUGAGCGAAUCGAACAGGAAGAGUCAAUCAACCCCAUCAGCAUUUGUGAGUGUGAGGUUUAGCAUUUUUUCUAGAACGUAAGGAACAUUCUAUAAUACAAGAAAACGAAACCCGGCUUUUCCGACCCACCCCUACUUUCUGUCUAGGACAAUUUGCAAAACCAUGUAAAACUAAAAUUCCAAUGGAUAAAUCAAUAUCACACUGGUAAUAAAAAUCACACAUUUAUAAUAAGGUUAAUAA